AUUAACUUCUACGUUUCUACGAGGUGGCAGAAGUAAACAUUAAUGUAAACUAAUUUAUCAUUUUCCAUCUUUCUUGUGCAACAUUGCCUUAAUUGACAUUGGCCAAAAUCCAAAGAUGUAUGUACACUUACUAUUAGUUCUUCCCAACUUCAAGAACGUUCAAAUUAAUUGAUGAUUCGGAGAAUUUAAGAGGAAAAUCCUCCACGAUCUGUAAUUGUUAUUGUUUAUUCUUCUAUAAAUAGCUACCAAAAUUACUAAUCCCCAUGUUGACAAACCUAGAUACGGCCCUGGAAGAUGUUUGGGAACCUUUCACUGUUGACAUUUGAUGGCUGGUUUUCAAUUUUGACAGAAAAACAUUUAGCCCCGUGCAGUGAACUCUGGGAGACGAGAAUCGUCAAUAAAAAAAAGUCGGAUGGGAAGAUAAAGUACGUGCGAGUUUAAAGAUGUCGUAAGAAACCGCAAUGGAAACAGGAAGUAUUCUACGUGUACGAAAAGAACAAUCACUCGGACUUGUACGAAAAUCCCAUUUCUAUGACGCAUAAAUUUAGUAAAUAUUGUGAUAUUGAUUCCUGAAAAUGGAUUUUUUCGGUUUAAUUUUUCUCUCCCUCGUCUCUGUUGUCUUGGGUAUCGUUAUUACUUUGGUUGUACAGUAUUAUAUAUUCUACGCUUUUUUUAAGAAGAGCCCUUUGGCCAAAACUCCAGAGAAACCAACCACAAAUUAUUCACUGCCAGAGGCAUUGAAGAAACAAAUAGAAUCUGAAAAUUUGAAUUCAGACGGAAAAGACUGCAGUUUACCCAUUAGUUUAAUUUUACAAUUUUUAUUCCAUGAAUUGAGACAUUCAGAGUCAUUGAAAUGUUGGCUCUACAAAAAAUUGAGCUUGGAAUUUGACGAAUUAUUGACGAAAACAACAAUAGGAAAAUUUUUUGACAGCAUCAGUAUUAAAGAUAUGCAUUUAGGAAACCAGUUUCCAGACAUUAAAGAAGUCAAUGUACAUGAAGUAAAACUAGAUAAGAAAGAAGGACACAUUGAGACUAUUGAUUUAUGUUUAAAUGUAGAUUAUGCCGGAAACUUUUUGUUGUGCAUUGAUGGCAAGAUGAAAUUUUCCAAAGCAGCUUUUCUAUCUAUCAAAGUGAAGAAAAUAUGUGGCUUGGUUCGUCUUCAAUUCACAAGAAUCCCAUACACUCAUUGGUCUUUCAGCUUUUAUUCGGAUCCAUUGAUAGAAUUAGCUGUUGAAUCUCACUUUCAAGGGAGACAGUUGCAAUCGAACAUAACAAAUUUGAUAGUGAAUCAAAUCAAGAAGGCUAUCAAGCGUAAACAUACCUUGCCUAAUUACAAAAUAAGGUAUAAACCUUUCUUUGUCAAGACUGAUCCUAGCCAAUUAGAUUUAGACGAUGGUGAGAUAGUACCUCAAGGGCAGCUUGAAGUGAACUGUGUCGAAAUAAGUAGGCUUGCUAUACCCACUGGCAUCCAAAAUAUUUAUUACACUUUUGCUGUUGAUAGCGCACCAUGGAUCUGCGUCUAUCAAAAAGACGACAAUUACUAUAUGACUCUGGAAGUCACUUUGGUCAAACAUAGACAAGCUACGCUAGGAGUCGUUUUCAAGCAAGAGCAGGGCCAAGUCAUCAUUGACAGUGUCUCGUCACACAGUUCUGCAUCUCAGUCAGGCUUAAAGCCUGGCGAUAUUGUGCUUAGUGUGGAGAAUAAAGUUAUACUUACAAUGCCCCAGGUGUCAAAAGCAAUAAAAUCCAUUUCCGGAACAAAUGUCACCCUAAGAAUAGAAAGAAUAGCUGAUAAUUACCUAAUGAAAAGUACAGAACAAAAUGCAGACAAAAUUGAGAACAAGAAUGGUGAAACAUCAGAAGAAGAUUCCUCCCAUACCGAUCAAGAAACCUUUGUGAUUGUGGAGUCCCCCAGGAAGGAGAAAGAGACAGAUAAAAAGAGCAAGAUUCCCGGAAUCGACAAAACAAAAUGUUCAGAUAAACUCUUGAAGACCAGCAGCUCGGAGAACAUGUCCAAAAUUGCUCAAACGAUCGGCAACUUCAGUUUGAGAAGAAGGAAGACCUCGGUGUCUGAUAAGCCUUCAAACGAGAGCAGCGCUAAGAACACACCGUCUUCUAGCAAUCCAGGGACACCACAGCAUAACACUUUCAAACAGACCAUCUCCAUUCCGGGCUUCUCUUCGAAGAAGCAAUCCAUCUCUGAAAUACCGGAAAUCGUAAAAACUGACACAGACCAACAAGAACAAUUACAGCAGUCGGCUCCUUCAGUGGAAAUCUUCAAAAGCCACAACCUAUCCCCGAACACCCUGUUAACAUUGAACAACGAAUACCAGUUUAACCUGAAGGAGAACACCAAGUAUCUUAACGUGAACGUGUGGGGCACUUGUCCUGAUAGCACAGAUCUGUUGUUGGGCUACGCAAAUAUACCUCUCAAUCACAUACUCAACGAGUGCUGUAAUAGUGUUUUGGGCCAUUACAUCAGGAGGUACUCUUUUUUGCCGCCCACCAACGUUCCGCCUAACAAUGUAACCCAUCCGCUAUUGUCUCAUUCGGGAUUCGAGCAUGUCUUCUGUUACGGCGACAUCCUGCUGUCUUUCAUUUGGAACCACGAAGAAGAUGUCGAGCUGAAAAGGAAAGCCUCUAUAGUCAGUAUAGAGCCAGAUGGGAAGGAGCCAGAGGCAGUGAACGCCUCCUUCAAGCACGAUUUCGUCAGGAGGCAGUUUCACAGAACAACGCAGUGCGAUUUUUGCACUAAGAAGAUAUGGUUGAAAGAUGCUGUCCAGUGCAAGAGCUGCGGUAUGUGCUGUCACAAGAAGUGCAUAGUGAAAUGUCAGCUGGCCUCAGACUGUCGUCAAUCCGAUACAACCCUGGUCCCUGGGGGCAUCCAACCGGAGAUAACCACAACGGAGUCUGACGAUUUGAACGUGACAGAUUCUGAAGGUAAAACCACCUACCCCUCGAGCACUAUAAAGAGAGUUAACAGUGUCAAUAAUCUGUCCAUACCAGGCUCCCAGCUGUCGACCAGCCAGUCCAGAAGCCUGCCUCCCUCGCCCCAGAGGACGCCCAGCAGGAAGCAGUCCCUGACCACCGUCAAUCCGUUCCUCAUGUGUCCCGCGGUCCUCGAGGAGAUCCAGAACAACCCGCAGGAGUCGAUCGAGGCCAUCAACAGGCUGCUGGAGCAGGUGCUGCUCUGCACCGCCGACGAGUUCCUGAUGGACGCGGCCAAGGAGACUGGACAGCAGCUCUACAACCAUCUCACCUACAACGAGAGGGCCGAUAAGAUCAAUGUCAUGAUGGUAGAGCUGAAGAAGAGCCUAGAUCACAUCACAAACGAACAUGUGGAGCUGUCCAAACAGAUGAAUGCAGAGAGUUCCGAAGUGGAGAAGACCAAAUUGGCCUUCCUCUUGGGAAAAGCUGACGCCAAAGUGCAUGGCCUAUCGGUCCUCAUGUUGCAUUACUGCUCCAGCCUUCAACACAGCCAAGACAAGAUGAUUUAAGCAGAAGAAAAAUUGUCGAAGAGGCACUCGAAUUUUUUAUUGCCAUUUCGGUAUGUUUUUUUAACCUAGAUGGAGAUGAUAACCAGGAGUGUACGGAGAACACCAAACAUUUUUUUAACGAUGUAUACCCAUUUAUCGGGCGAAGAAGGAAAUUUUAGAAGAUUUUUAGUAUGUACACGUUUUUUGUAGAUAAAACUCACCAAAGAGAGGUAGAAGUAGCACCUGUCAAGUGUUUGUAAACGGAAAUUGUAAACAGUUCUGUAGUAGAUGCGCAACUGUACGAAAUCGUAAACGGUCAAGUUCUCAAGUGCCUGAACAAUGGUACGAAGUGAAAUUGUUUGACAUGACAUUUUUUUUUAUCUAUACAAUAGAAGAUUUUAUUUUGAUUUGAAUCUCAUUUUACUGUUUUCAGUAAUAUAAUUAUUUAUUAUUAUUAUAUCGAGAGCUGAUAUGAGUAAGGAAAUACACCACAAAUACACCCUUUUUAUGAAAAACCAAUUGAUUCAAAUAUUAGAUCAGUUGGAUUUCAAUAAUUUUUUUUCUGCAAGGAAACUGAAAAAUAGUAUUUUACGUGAUCAUAACUGGUGCAAUAUUUUAUAUAUACAUGCUUAAAAUAUUUUAUGUUAAUUUUUUUUCAUACAAUGAAUUUUGGGAGAUAUUUAAAAAUAUUAUUUUGAUUUUUUCAUCUCGAUGUUAAGCAUUUGGCUUACAUGUAACAUCGCAUCCAUAUCACAGUGGUAUGUUGUACAAAUACAAGCAUAUUUUUAAGAAAAAAGUCAAUUAUUGGAUUUCAUACGAUUUUGGGUCUAAGAUCGUAAAAUAAUUUUCGAAGAUGUCUAUUGAAAUAUUCAGGUGUUUAUGUUUAUUUUCAUGUUAUUUGCUCUACUUUUUCGAGACUUGUCUUUGAUUGAAAAAAUUCUUACAUCUCUGAAUUGAAUGUUUGGAAAAAAACAUGUUGAUGGUUACAACAAAUGCUAUCAACUCGACUGAGAAAUAAACAUAUAUUGAUUUUUGAGGAGGUUUAUACACCUGAAUAUCUUCAUUAUUUGAAUUUGUCAGGAAGUUUUGAAAUUUUAUUAGCAGUGUUGAUUAAAUAUCCUUAAAAACUCUAAAUUCACUACUUUAAGUAACACCUACAUAUCUCAGAACCUGUGCCAACAUUCUGAUUUGUUAAAAACUUUACACAGUCACUUCGAUAGAUAGAUUUGAGGCAAGUUGUUCAUCUAGUCAAUUACAUACAAGCUUUUUAGUGGAAUCAUAUUGAGUAACCUGAUUAGAAUAAUCAUUAACCUUUCUGGCAAGAAGAAUUUUCCUAUUUUUCGGUUUGCCAAAUGGCAAAUUUAAGUCAAUCAAUUCUCCAAUUGAUAGACUAUUUGACAGUAUAGAAAUAUUGUCCCAUUCAUUGACAUUAUUUAAUAAACGAUAUACAUUAAUUUAACAAGAAGAUAAGUUAUUAAAUAUGCAAAAAAAAAAAAUUGAAAUCUCGAAUAAUUCAUUUAUUUUGUCACGUGAUAAGGAAAUAACUGGAUUGGGCCAACUUACGAUGACGUCAAUUUGAAGUAAACACGUGUGUCAUUUUCAUUCCUUUGCGUUUAUUGUUUUGCUGCGAACUUCUUAAUGCUAGUUAUUUCGAGAGUCUGAACAGCUGUAUUUUCCCUGAAGAAAGAACAUUGAAAAUUCAGAGCAUUUGAAAGACUAUUAAAUUUUAACCUCAAACAAAUUACUAUAAUAAGAAUGUAAUGACUUAAAGUAAUCUUUACAAUGAAAUGAAAAUAUUAAAUUUUUCGCUACCAACAAAACGAUUUUUCAAAAGAAAACGGUUGAAUCAAUAAUGAAAACAUACUCUUCCAUAUAUGGCACUUGUUUAUACUUCCAAGUGACGUCACUAAUGGACGAAAUUGAGUUUUGGCGACCUCUAUGAAUCCCACAUUUUUACAAAUUCGUACGGAUUGAAGAUAUCCACUUCUUAUGUGACCAAUCAACAUCACUGAAUAAUUUGAGAGGAUUUGAAAUAUCUGUCGAAUAGCUUAUUACGAUUUUUCUGGAUUAAUUUGGAAAUUCUUCUGUCCAGUAUAUAUGACCUUAGUAGUAUUGGUAGUAGGAAGAGUUGGCAAUUUUAAGUUUGGAGCUACUCAAUUGUGAUAAUUAAAAUUUCUACACUUACUACAAAUGUGAUUUUAUUCGGUUGAAAGUACUUAAUUUUUAUGUAAAUUAUUGAAGGGUGUAUUCAAAAAAGUUAUCAACACGAAUUUGAAGGAAACAAUUAAGAAUCUCACAAUUUCUCUUGAAAGUUGGAAAAAACUGAUGGUUGUAAGGCCCUUCAAAAACGUAGAAUGUAUGUUUUUGAAUACACCCGAUAAUUUCAGGCUUCUAUCAGUUUUGUAAAUCAAAAAAAGGGCUAUUUAUUCAAUAAAAAAGCUUUAAUUUUU